UUCUCUGAUUUUUCAUUUUUUUGAUUAACUUUUACCUCUUUCCCAUAAAACAACUGGAUCAUUUUUUUUCCACAACAGAGCUAGGAUGGGUGUUUUCAAGAAUUGUAUUUAAUGGUUUAGUGAUAAAUAAUGGUAUUAAAAACAAAAAUUAUGAAAAACUGUGUAGGUUUAUGCAUCUCUGUGUGAAUGAAAUUUGGUUUCAUGUGAUAAAACCUAAAACAUUUCCUUCAGUAGGGUUAUGGAUUGAGCACAAUACUAUAAAAUUUUAAUCAUGUUUUGGCUUAUCUUUAUAAUUAUGCUCAGAAAGAUUCAUAAAGUGUUUAGAAAUUUGGAACAUAUAAAGUUGACAAAAAUUACUAACUUUGACUCUUGAUGCAGUUUUCAUUUAAUUAACUCAAUCAUGAAAUUAGAAAAUCAUCUUCAGAUGUAAUUUUUGCUGAGUAAAUCUGCCCUGGCAGAUGGAGGCAACCAGUUUCUCUAUAAGUAAAUAAAGAAAAUGAAACAGAGGUAGGAGGUGAUGAAACACAUUGUGACAAAAUGCUUCCUAAUAGGUUUAUUUUCUUUAUUAAUGAUUAUCAGAUUCUGUACCUGCUCAAUGUGGGCAUUAUGAUGGGAAAUCAUAUCAAUUCUGGGAUACAUUAUGACUGAAUCAAAGGAAUGUUGCAUAUAAAGUAAAAAAGCAAUAAUUAAUAAAUAUUUGCAUUUGAACAACAGGUGGUGCUAACCUAAUUAUUGUAAUAUUGUUUGUGGAUGUUUUGAUUAAGCUUCCAGCAUGUUGAUGAAGUUCAGCAGCAGCCACAUUCUGAGAGAAGAGCAUCUGCAGAAGUAAAGGAAACAGACUCACUCCUGCAAAGAUCUUCUUGUAAGGCAAAGGAGAAGGAGAGAGAAACUGAAGAUUUCAAACGAAUACUAAAGGAGAAGAAUGAAGAACUUAAAGCAAUAAGAUCUAAACUUGAAGGGCAGCAAAGUAAAAAUGAAGACUUGCAGAGAAGAUUAAAUUAUGAAGAAAUGCAACAUCAAAACACAAGAUCAGCUCUAAAAGAAAAGGAUGUGAAAAUUCAAGACUUGCAAGAAAGAAUAAAGGAGAAGGAUGAACAACUUGAACUGAUAAGGAUCCAAGAGAAGGAAGCUGCUCAACAAAAGCAACAUCUAUUGAAAUUUCUGAAAGACAAAGAAAAGGAAACUGAAGCUCUUAAACGAAUAAUAAAUGAGAAGGAUGAACAGCUUCAAUUGAUGAAAUCUGCAUUGAAAGAAAAGCAAAUGGAGACUGAAGCUUUGCUGCAAAGAUCUGCUCUGAUAAAAAAGGAAGAUGAACAUGAGAAACUAAAUCAAAGAUCUGCAUCUAAAGAAAAGCAAAAGGAAACUGAAACUUUGCUGCAAAGAGUAAAAGAGAUGGAAGCACAACUUCAACAAUCAAGAUCUGCUCUACAAGAAAAAGAUGAACAACUGAAAUCUUUCAAAGACAGAGUGGCAGGAGAAGUUGCUGUGUCAAUCAAAACAGGAAAAACAAUGAGCCUCAACAAUCCUGUUAAUAAGAACAGACUGAAGGAAAUGUAUGAAGAACUGAGGAGUGACUGGCCAAAAAUAAAAAAAAACUUAAAGUCAAACAAGAAACAUCCAGAUUCUGUGAAAGAACUGAUUCAGAAAGAGUUUCGGGAUGCAAAGAUUGACAUGAGAAACAGAAGAAAGAUGAUAGAUAAAGUGUUUGAAAAAGGGAAGAAUGAUGGAGGAAUGCCACAAAAGGUUGAUCAGUACCAACAGCUAACAGUUCAGAACCUGCAGAUGACUCUCUACAGCCAGAAAAAAGAUGCUGGUUCACAGAAACCCUUUCUUGAAAAUGAAGCAGCAAAUCCUCAGGAUGUGUUGAAGUAUUUGGGUUCUGAAUGUUACUGGCUUGGUUGCCUGAUGGCGUUGAACAACCCGCCUCUUCAGCCUGACUGGGAGAAUCAUCCUCCAUCGAUGGAUAGAUGGGACGUUUUCCCCCAAAAUAUCACAACUGCUUCUGACAAUGAGUGAAAUUAAAUGAAUCAAGAAACAAUAUCGCUUUCUACAUCUUUGAAUCUGUGAAAAAAUGAAAGUAUGACAGCUUUAAUAGAUCGUAAAGCUGCAGCUUUUUAAUUUAGUUGAAAAUAGAUGUUUGUGAUUAUUGUUUUUAAAAGCUUAAUAAAACCUAAUAAGUUUGCUUAGUUGCAAUUUUUUAUUUUCAAACCUUUUUUAAACAUCAUAAAUUUAAAACAGUUUGGCUAUUAUAUUUAUUUUAUGUAUUCAUCUGAGUUUCCUGUGAACCUGAACAUGUUUUUCUCUGUUACUCUUGGUUUGCCUCCAUUGUGCAGCAUCUUGUACUGCAGUUUGACUUUAAUUUAAUUGAAUGACUGUUUUAUAUAAAUCUGUGCUACUGCUGAAUUAUAAACAGGCCAGUAGUUAAGAGGUUUAUUUUUAAGGGUAUUCUGAAAACAUCUAGUUAGCUUCUAUUAAUCUGGUUUAUUGUCUAUAGAACGGUGUAAAUUCUAGAAAUUAAACAUGAUUAGAUACUUUCUAUGUUUGCAAAAUGUUGAAUUCUGAAAAACAAAGGCAAAACAAAAGUUUGAUUUGACUUUUGAUGAAAAUAAAAACUUAUUUCAAUGGG